AUGCCAUAUCCAUUCACCGUUCCGUUAAACAAUUUGCAUCAAUUCGCUCAGAAGCACUCGCAAUUCCCUUUAUCUCCUCCGCAUUCUGUACCCCAUUCUCCAGCAAUAAUGGCCACGACGCUAGGAAAUCCAAAUCGCUCUUGCGUUUCUUGUAAAAAGAGAAAAGUUAAAUGUGACCGAAAGGUUCCGGCAUGUACGUCGUGCGCAAAAUCAAAGUUACGAUGCUGUUAUACGUCAUAUUCUCCUCCGGCUUUUGCCGAACAGUCUAUGCCUGUAACGGACGAGGACGAAGGACUCAGAAUGUUACGAGAACGAAUUGAUCAAGUGGAAGCUCUCGGAAGGGAGAGGUUCGACAGACUCUACAAAUUACUUAUGGAAAUUAAGGACUCUAAAUCUAUGCAAGCAACAAAAAUAGAGGACAUACAAUCAGACCUAUUUUGCUCAUCGACUGUGGAUUUCACUCGAUUAUUACAGGACGAAAGAGACUACGACCCCGCCGUACUCAACUCCGAAUCCAAUUAUAUUCCAUACAAACGAGCCAUCGUCACCUUCAAUUAUAACAUCAACGGUCUGCGCAGACUAAUGGGACCAAUCAUUGCUCCGAUUCUACAUGCAAUGACAGCAGGUUCUCCGCAUCAAUUCCCACUCGCCGGAUUCACCGAUGUCUCCCUCUUACUAUUCUGGAUACGACACUUUUUCAUCUCCUCCCUGGACCAGAAACAAGAUCCAUCACUCGGUGGAAUACUCGAUCCAACCAACGAGCUCGUACAAGUAAUCCCAUUUGAUAACGAAGCAAACGAACUAUUUUUGCACCAACGAUACGAAAUCGUUUUCAAAAGACUCUACCACCCGUCUCCGACACUCUCUUCCGUUUCGUCAAUAUCAUCUGCCAGCACGUACAUGCCCGUCGGGGGACCUACUGUCGGUAACGGUGACUUUGCGACGACCGAGUUUAAUUUCGAGGAUGAUGUAUUCACAAGGAAGAUGCCUUGGACGAAAGAAGGUUUUUCUUACUUUGAAGCAGUCGGGAAUGGAGUCUUUCACGACGUGGUAGUGGAAAUGCGAAGAGAUGAUGAUGGAAUAUCUUCGCUGUUGGAUCUAAAUACGCUGGACGUUCAGCAACCACUUUUGUCGUCUGCUGACGCAGAAGAUAAUCUUGUACGCGGAAGAUUGUUCUUUUAA